UGACAGGAAGGCGGUCAGUAUUUUUGCCACUGGCAUCAAGUACCUGACCAACUACAUCAUGUCGGAGGGCAGAGUCUGGACCGUAAAUGCUCCGCCGGAAGGUUUUGCGGACACGGUCAGUAUCAAUAUUGGAAAAGCUUAAUUUACAGCUACAGUAUGUGCCAAAAGCAGGCUCUGUCCAAGUAGAAUCUUCUGGUUCUCUAAGCGCACGAACUCGUUUUAAUAGUGAUUCGAACUGAUUGUUUAAUCCAGAAAUGGCUUAUGCCAGCAACAGAUGUGAACCAAGGUGAUGCCAUGAACCAAAUGGAUCUCCCAAUGCAUCGUCAGGCGCACAGGGAGAUGCUCCACCACCGUAAUCGGAUUAGCACCGGUCACGGGGGCCAUGAGCUAUUCCAAAUUACUCCGAACCCCCAAAGGCCUGACUUAUGCUAGUGUAAUACUUAUUUCUUUGGCUUGACGUAUAUCCCGGAGUUGACGCAGUCGGUCUGCCCGCAAUCGCUUGUCUUUACACGUCGCCCGCCCUAUUCAGUCUUAAAAAGACACAUGCUGACGAACUUGUCGGUGGUUUCUUUGGUUAGCAUUUCGAUGACUGGGAGAGAUUGGAGGGCAAUAGUAGUUAGCUUCUACUUGAUAGUCUGAGUGAUUACGCUGUCCUUCGGGAAGUCGGAUUUUUAUAUUCCAAGAUGGAUGCUAUGAGCCGCUCAUUGAUUUAAGGCGCCCAUGUGAUGAUGAAGGCAACUUGCUGCCUUGAGGGUCGAGAUAGGCUUAAUCGACCCCGCUCAAUAGCAUUACAUGAUAACCAACGCC